CCUCCGUUCAUGUUCAUUUCCGAAAAAUGGGGGUUUCAAAUUGGCUUGUGAUCAGUGCCAUUAUUGCCGUAACGUUGUUUUUUGCUCAAGGAGUAGGGUUACUGUUAAUGGUAAUCAAUGGCCGGAGAAACAGAAAGAAGGCUGUCGGGAUCUUUCACCCAUACACCAACGACGGAGGUGGUGGAGAACGAGUGUUGUGGUGCGCCGUGAAAGCUAUCCAAGAUGAAAACCCAAAUCUAGUUUGUGUAAUAUACACAGGAGAUUUCGAUGCUUCUCCUCACAGCCUUACUGCUCGUGCCCUUGAUCGAUUUGGAGUCAAAUUAAUCCACCAUCCUAAGGUGGUCCAUUUGCAUAAGAGAAAGUGGGUUGAAGAUACCACUUACCCUCGUUUCACAAUGAUUGGUCAAAGCCUUGGAUCGAUUUACCUUGCUUGGGAAGCUUUGUGCAAAUAUACACCUUUAUAUUACUUUGAUACCAGUGGAUAUGCUUUUACUUAUCCAGUUGCCCGUAUAUUUGGAUGCAAAGUUAUUUCCUAUACUCAUUAUCCAACUAUCAGUUUAGACAUGCUGUCUCGUGUUCGUGGGCGCAGUUCAAUGUACAAUAAUGAUUCCUUCAUUGCCAAGAGUGCGAUACUAUCAUGGUUCAAGGUCAUUUAUUAUGCAUUGUUUGGCUGGCUCUACAGCUUCGUUGGUUCUUGUGCACACCUUGCGAUGGUUAAUUCUUCAUGGACUCAAUCUCAUAUUGAGAAGCUGUGGGGAAUACCAGCUCGAAUUAGGCGUGUGUAUCCUCCUUGUGAUACUUCUGGGCUUCAGGUGCUUCCACUGGAAAAGUCAAUGAAGCCUCCGAAGAUUGUAUCUGUUGCUCAGUUCCGUCCAGAGAAGGCACACCCACUCCAACUUGAGGCGUUUGCAGUUGCCAUAAAAAAGUUAGACCAAGAUCUGCCAAGGCCGAAAAUCCAACUAGUGGGUAGUUGUAGGAAUGAAGCGGAUGAGAAAAGGUUGCAAAAUUUGAAGGACCUAGCUAUUAAAUUGAAUGUGGAUGAUGAUGUUGAGUUCCACAAGAAUGUCUUGUACAGUGAUUUGGUCGGACUUCUGGGUGGUGCUGUAGCUGGAAUCCAUUCCAUGACAGAUGAGCACUUUGGCAUAAGUGUAGUGGAAUACAUGGCUGCUGGCGCUAUACCAAUUGCACAUAAUUCAGCUGGUCCAAGGAUGGAUAUUGUGUUACCAGAAGAUGGAAAGCAAACUGGGUUUCUUGCCGAGAGCGUAGAGGAAUUUGCUGAAGCCAUCAUUAAAGUCAUUAAGAUGCCAGAGAAUGAGAGGUUGGAGAUGGCUGCUGCUGCAAGGAAACGAGCCUCCAUGUUCUCAGAGCAAAGGUUUUAUGAAGAUUUUAAGGCUGCUGUACGACCAAUCUUUUACAAUGAUACAAAAUGAUUACAAAAUCUGUUUCCAGAAAUACAGGAGAUCAAUUUUGUUCACCACUGAUAUUAAAGAAUGAUAAUGAGAAAGAUAGAAUAUAAAAUUGAAUUUCUUCAGGAAGGUUUACCUUUUCAUCCGACAAUGUAGCCGUCUACUUGGGUUUCUGCAUGAACUUGAUUUGCAUCUUCUGGGCUUCUGCUCAAUGGUGAGUCAUUCCGACACCACCUAAAGUAAAUAAAGCAGAAGAAAGAUGCAAUCAGUUAAUGAAGUUAGUUUCUGACACUUAGAAUAAAGACCACGAAUUGAUGUUGAUAGUUUGAGGAAAUAGAAAAACAAAGACUUUCCUGGAUUAAAAAAGAAAAUGAGAUAAACAUUAGGUUAUAAAAAUGGAAUAAAAGAGACGUGUACCAUAUAAAAUGUGAAGAUGGCAAAUGGAAAGAAUAAGAUGUGUUUCCAGUGGAUUGUCGCUUUUAAAUUUGUAAGAAGAAAGGGUAGCUGACGUAUGCAUUGCUCAACUUGGCAGCAUGCUAAUAGCUCAUAAGAAAACAAAACUUUGGAAGAACAAAAAACUUUGGUGAGAACUUUGAUGAAGGGGAGAAGAUAAUCAAUCAAACAAAAAGAUUGGCUGAAUAGAUACUCAAAAGUCAUCAACCAAACAAAAAAGUUGGCUGAAUAGAUACUCAAAAGUCAUAAAUGUAAAUUAAAAACAAAAGAGUAGUUAUCGGGCAGAUAGUGUAAAGGAGCAGCCUGACUCCAGACCCAAGAUUGAGCCGCCCUAUCGCUACUAUUGAAAGGCAUGUUCAACCAAAUAUUUCCAGGAAACUGAUAGGCUUGGCCUACAUAGUUUCCUUGUAGCAGAUGAUUAUUGUUAUUUUGCAGUACAAUAACUGGAUCACUAGCAGAUCUGCUCCCACUUGUCUGUACUCCAUUUUCAAGUAGUGAUCCCAAGUCACUCCCUCCAUGCCCGGGUGAUACAGAAUCAUUCAUAGAGACAUCAGAUUCAUGUGUUGUUGUGAAGAUGGGGACAACAGAAGUACUAGGCCCUGCCGAAGCACAAUGAUGUUGAAGAUUACCAGGGAUGCCUUCAACAUUCUUUUGAGAAAGCAAAGGAGAUCUUAAUGGAUGAAAGCAAUGUGCAGCAGGUGUUUGAUAUGAUCCUGCUGCUUUGCUUAACCAUGUACCGAAAAAGAUGAACAACAAUACAAAAGACUAUACGUUCAUGUGCAAAAUGUCGCAAAGAAUGUGUAAGUAAGUACCAUGGCUGUUAUGUUACCUUCAACCGAUGUUGGUUUCUCGUUUCUGUCCAUAUGCUCUCUAUGCAUGUAACAAGUUGUUUGUAUAUAAAGUCAUUUUAAUCCUAAUAGGUAAUUACUUCAAUCUUUAGUAAAUCAAUACAUUUUCUCGUAAUGUGUUUAAUGUUCUGCUCUAAUGAAAUAGGAUGAGGAACAUGCUAUUAGUUCUAGUUUGGAUUGAUUAUCCGACCUUAAUCAUCAUUCGAGUA